CCUGGGGAACCUGCUUGCAACACAGCGCAAGUGGCAGCGCCGUUCCUCCUAUCAGCUGAGAGAGCCUUCCCAGUUCUCCCAAUACAUUGGGCUAAAGGAGGUUUUUCUCCCCCCCCCCUUUUCUUUCGGUCUGUGCGCCCGCCUCCUCGAAAGCAUCACCACGUGGCCCUCCCUUAGCAACGGGAAGAGAUGUUUUGGCACAGUCAGCUGGGGGCCAGGUUAGGAUCCCCGAGGGGAAUCCACAGGGUCGCGGGCAUCUGGAAGAGGCGAGGAGGAUCAGCAGUCAGUUUCUGAGGCGACUGCUGUCUUUUAAAAGCGCACGGCCUUUAAGCAUCAGGUUUUUUGUUUUGCUUUUGUUUAAAAAGCCAUUCUGCAAAAAUGAACCAUCCUCACCCUGGAUUACUUGCAAAUUACAACAGUCUAACAGACAAGCACCUGGCAGGCUACUUCAGCAACACCCGGAUUAGACGUCACCUGCGGAGAUCAGGGCUGAUCUCAAGAAGUGGAAGAAUAAUAUCAGAGAAGGAAUAUCAGCUAAAUGCUAUGAGGAAGGAUCACCAUAAGUAUAUACGGGAAUGUUUGGCCCAGGCCAUAUUCCACAAGGUUCUUGACAUGGAACGUCAUCACCAGGGUGAGAUAAAAAGAAAACUUGAAACUUCUGCCAGAAAAGACCGUAUUCAGAGAGUUAAGGUGGAACGAUCAAGAAGGGCAGCGGAAGAUGGACCUCGCCUGCUUUCCCCACACCCACCCACUGGGCCAAGAAAUCGCUUGGGGCGCCGCAGAUUUGGCAACAGGGGGCAGUUAGGUCAACUGGCUACCUAUCCUCGACCAAGCACUGCGCCAGGGAGCAUACAGCAACCAGUCCGACUGCAGCCACUUCUCAGCUGUGCCACAGAUGAACCUGCACCAAAGGCUGCUUCUAGACCAAAGCACCUCGUCUAUGAGAAAGAACAUCAAUAUGCCAGCGGGGGAGAGAAAGGGGUGCUAAAAUCUCUGGAUUAUUCAUCUGGCAUAUCCCCAUACCGACUUCCUAUUGUGAACAAUUUUAUGGUACCUAUUCCACCACCUCCCAGAAGUGAGAAGAAAAGUGGUGCACCGAGAGGCCGCCGUUUUCGCCCAACAACCGCACCCAAUGGCUUGGAGCAAAUGAUGAAGGAGACAGUGAAGUUCUACAGGCCUCAAAUACAGAGCAAUGCGUAUGUUACCAUGAUCUAUUUGGGGAAAACAGUGCACCUGUCCUAUGACCUUUUAGACAACCGAGAGGAAAUCAAAAUAUAUCAACAGCACUGUGGAGGUGAAAACCUGUGUGUGUUCAGAGCCAAAGUACUGGAGGGAGAAACUUUUCAGUUUAUCUCCAAGCGGCAUUACGGCUUCCCCUUCAGUCUCACUUUUUACCUCAAUGGAAUGCAAGUGGACCGCUUAAGUACCUGCUGUGAAUAUAAACAUCGGAAGGGGACUCGGCUGGGAGGCAAACAUGGAUACUUUGGUCUUGUCAACGUGGAACGAUCAGCUCCUUGCUACAGGUGUAUUAUCGCAAUGGGUCUGGACAAAAAGCCUUCAGCUCCCAAGAAAAAGAUCGCUGUUGCUGAUGAAGAAAAGAAAGAAGAUUCUGCGAAGGAAGAAUAUAGCAAUAAGCUACCAGGGAGUAGCAGCAGUGGAGAGGAAAGCAAAUAUUUAAGGUUUACUCCAGCUCCCAAACAACAGAAAGAAUUUGUGGGAGAUGCUCAAGAAAUGCAAGUGGAGGCAAGAAAAAGAGCGAUAGAAAGAGCCCUUGGUGAUUAUGAAAAGAGCCCAAGAAUUGCAGCAAUUGAUGCAUACGAUGAAGAUUUUGAAGCAGAUGAAGAGAAAUCAGAUGGGAAAGUUAAUGAAGAAGGACAGGCUGGUGAUCAAAUGAAAAGAAUGUCAAAGUCACCCUCAGAUGAUGAAAAAGAUAAUUUAGACCAUGAAAAGGAGAAUAAAAAGUCAUCACUGAAAGCUUCGCGGGCCUCUGACAGUGAACGAGAUGAAAGUGAUGGAUACACCGGGAGUGACUUGGAGGAGGAGAGAAAACAAGACAGGAAGGUUGCACGCUCCCUCUCCUCCAGCAGCAUGCCAUACAGCAGCGAAAACGACUCCGACCGCGAGAUGGGAAAGCGAGGCCGCAAGCGAGAGAAGACCGACAGACAUUCAGGGUAUGAAAGGGAAACCGCAAAGACCCAAAGAGAGGAAGGCCAAGGAAUCGACGUGAAGGAAGAGCCGGACAUGGGGGACGCCACCAGCAAAGCAGCCAGAGACGUGCCACACACCUCUCACAAAGUCAGGAAGGCAAGAAGGCAAGACUCAAGUCCAGGCAGUGAGGAAGGCAAGGUUGUAGGUUCGGUGCACAGGAGUGUGAGGGACGACAGGGAGAAGGAUGUGUUAGGGCAUUCUGAACACAGCCGUCGAGCAGAGACCAGAAGCAGGGGACCUUCUGAAGAUGAGGAUGAAGGUGAUGGCAAAUCUGUCAAAGAGAAAAUAGCUGAGGCCAUGGAACAUGAUCGACUUUUGAGUUCUGAACCUGAACCAAGUGACUCCAGUACGGAGGAUGAGGAGGAGGAGAGCAUAGCUAAGAAAGAUAAAUAUAAAGGAGAUAAACAUAAAGUGCCAGAUGGAGCUACCUUGGCAAAAGAAUCGAGAGCGCUUGAAUCACAGAAGGUUGCGGGGCAAGUGGAACAUGCAAGACAGAUGGUGGGCAAGGAAAGAGCACUUGACGAAGAGGAGCUUUCUGAUGAGGAAGGCCCUGAAGAAACAGCUUUGGGAGAAGAAUUGCGAGGCAAAGAUGUAACAGCUCGCAAAGCAAAACGAGCAGGAAAAAAGGAGCUUGCAGCAGAACUGGAGGAAGAAGCAGUAGUAGAAUCAGAUUUGGACAAUGCCGAAAAAGAAGUCAUGCAUCAGGAAGGAAAGGCAGCUGGGAGAAAGGCAAAAGCAGAGAAAAAGCUCAAAAAACCAAAGAGUUCUCUGGGGAAGGGAGAGAAAACACAAGAUGAAGAAGAAGCUUUGGGAGAUGAUAUGGAAAGUAAGGAAGGCAAAUUAUUGAAGGGAGGUGUGAAGGACAAGACAUAUGUGAAAAUCCAGCUGGAGGAUGGUUCGUUUGUGGAAGCAGAAGACAUGGCUCCGGGGUCAGACCUUGAAGGGGUUGUCUCCACAGAUGAGGAAAAAGCAGCUGUUUCUGGAGCCCUAGUAUAUGGCGGCAAAGGUGUCAGACAAGGAGUUUCAUCUGAAAUGGAGGAAAUAGUCCAAGACAUUUCAGGCCUGUGGGGGGGUGAGACCAAAAAAUCAUCUCUAGAAGUGAAACAGAAGAAAAGAAUGUCUAGAGAUGAAGGUUCAACUCAACAGAAACUAGCACCUCGGGUGGGUGAACCCUUUUCGGAAAGUGAGGCUGAGGGCGUCGUUUCAGCAGCAGAAGAUGAAGAAAUGAGAGACCAGGGAGCAAGAGUAAUACGACAGGCAGGGAGGUCAGCAGGCAAGCCAAUUUCAGAAAGAAGGGCUGGAGGAAAACCACACUUAGAAGUGAGAGAGAAGAAAAGAAUAUCUAGAGAUGAAGGUUCAGCUCAAGAGGAACUAGAACCUUGGGAAGGUGAACCCUUGUUCGAGAGUGAGGCUGAGGGAGUCAUUUCAGGAGCAGAAGAUGAGGAUACGACAGCCCAGGAAGCAAGAGUAAUACGAAAGACAGAGAGGUCUGCAGUCAAGCCAAGUUCAGAAAGAAGGGCUGGAAGGAAAACACACGUAGAAGUGAGAAAGAAGAAAAGAAUAUCUAGAGAUGAAGAUUCAGCUCAAGAGGAACCAGAACCUUGGGAAGGUGAACCCUUGUCGGACACUGAGAUUGAGGGGGUUGUUUCAGCAGCAGAAGAUGAGGAUACGACAGCCCAGGAAGCAAGAACAAUACGAAAGGCGGAUAGGUCAGCGGUCAAGCCAAGUUCAGAAAGAAGGUCUGGAAGGAAAACGUAUCAACAAGAGAAGAAAAGAAUAUCUAGAGAUGAAGGUGCAGCUGGACAGAAACUGGAAUCUGAGGUGGAUGAACCCUUGUCGGACAUUGAGUCUGAGGAGGCCAUUUCUGGAGCAGAAGAUGAAGACACAACAGCCCAGGAAGCAAGAGUAAUACGAAAGGCAGAGAGGUCAGCAGUCAAGCCGAGUUCAGAAAGAAGGGCUGGAAGAAAACCACACUUAGAAGUGAGAGAGAAGAAAAGAAUAUCUAGAGAUGAAGGUUCAGCUCAAGAGGAACUAGAACCUUGGGAAGGUGAACCCUUGUCGGAGAGUGAGGCUGAGGGGGUCAUUUCUGAAGCAGAAGAAGAAGCCCAGGAAGCAAGAAUAAUACGAAAGACAGAGAGGUCAGCAGUCAAGCCAAGUUCAGAAAGAAGGGCUGGAAGGAAAACACACGUAGAAGUGAGAAAGAAGAAAAGAAUAUCUAGAGAUGAAGGUUCAGCUCAAGAGGAACUAGAACCUUGGGAAGGUGAACCCUUGUUCGAGAGUGAGGCUGAGGGAGUCAUUUCAGGAGCAGAAGAUGAGGAUACGACAGCCCAGGAAGCAAGAGUAAUACGAAAGACAGAGAGGUCUGCAGUCAAGCCAAGUUCAGAAAGAAGGGCUGGAAGGAAAACACACGUAGAAACGAGAAAGAAGAAAAGAAUAUCUAGAGAUGAAGGUUCAGCUCAAGAGGAACCAGAACCUUGGGAAGGUGAACCCUUGUCAGACACUGAGGGUGAGGGGGUUGUUUCAGCAGCAGAAGAUGAGGAUACGACAGCCCAGGAAGCAAGAGUAAUACGAAAGGCAGAGAGGUCAGCGGUCAAGCCAAGUUCAGAAAGAAGGGCUGGAAGGAGAACGCAUCAACAAGAGAAGAAAAGAAUAUCUAGAGACGAAGGUGCAGCUGGACAGAAACUGGAAUCUGAGGUGGAUGAACCCUUGUCAGACAUUGAGUCUGAGGAGGCCAUUUCUGGAGCAGAAGAUGAAGACACGACAGCCCAGGAAGCAAGAGUAAUACGAAAGGCAGAGAGGUCAGCAGUCAAGCCGAGUUCAGAAAGAAGGGCUGGAAGAAAACCACACUUAGAAGUGAGAGAGAAGAAAAGAAUAUCUAGAGAUGAAGGUUCAGCUCAAGAGGAACUAGAACCUUGGGAAGGUGAACCCUUGUCGGAGAGUGAGGCUGAGGGGGUCAUUUCUGAAGCAGAAGAAGAAGCCCAGGAAGCAAGAAUAAUACGAAAGGCAGAGAGGUCAGCAGUCAAGCCGAGUUCAGAAAGAAGGGCUGGAAGGAAAACACACUUAGAAGUGAGAGAGAAGAAAAGAAUAUCUAGAGAUGAUAGUUCAGCUCAAGAGGAACUAGAACCUUGGGAAGGUGAACCCUUGUCAGAGAGUGAGGCUGAGGGAAGUCAUUUCAGGAGCAGAAGAAACCUUGGGAAGGUGAACCCUUGUCGGAGAGUGAGGCUGAGGCAGUUGUUUCAGCAGCAGAAGAUGAAGAUACAACACCCCAGGAAGCUAGAACAAUACGAAAAGGCAGAUAGGUCAGCGGUCAAGCCAAGUUCAGAAAGAAGGUCUGGAAGGAAAACGUAUCAACAAGAGAAGAAAAGAAUAUCUAGAGAUGAAGGUUCAGCUGGACAGAAACUGGAAUCUGAGGUGGGCGAACCCUUGUCAGAGAGCGAGGCUGAGGGGGUCAUUUCAGCAGCAGAAGAUGAACAUACGACAGCCCAGGAAGCAAGAGUAAUACGAAAGGCAGAGAGGUCAGGUGUCAAGACAAGUUCAGAAAGAAGGGCUGGAAGAAGAGCAAGACAUGAAGGCGUGGUGGCCAGUGCAGAAGGUGCAGUGGAGGAAGAGGAUCUGAUUGAAGAGGAGGGUGAGGAAGUUGAAGAGGGAGGGACCGAAGUGAUAAUGGGAUCUGGAGUGGCAGCACCUAAACAGAAACAAAGAGUAGGAAGAAGGAAGACAGAGGCAGAAGGAGGAGAAGUGGAUUUUGAAGAGACAAAGGCAGGGAGAAAGGUGGCAAUUAGAAUGAGGACAGAGGCUGAAGUUUCAGGGAAAGAGAGAGAAAGGGGGUCUCUGUCCAUGGCACAUGAGAAGGAAAUAGUCCAUGGGAUGACCAUCACAGGAACCCCAAGGGUAGCUGGUGUGACAGAGGCAUCACACCUAUCCGAGCCAUUCACACAAAAAGCAGCAUUAGCAGAAGGAGGAAUGGGCAGUAAAGUCAGCUUCCAAGAUGAAGUGGAAAAAACACCAAAAGAGACUGUGGCCGGGAAAAUGUCACCUGACCUGGAGGUGCAGGUAGAAGAUGCAAGCGAUGAAGUAGAGAAGGAAGAGGAGGCAUAUUACACAGGAGAACCAACGAUAACACUGCGAGAUGUGGAGGAAGCUCUGUUGGCAGGGAUGCAGAAGUUGAUAGAACAAGUAUCGUUUAUGAGCGAAGAAGUGGAGGAGGAAGAGGAAGAAGAGCCUAAAGAACUUGAGGGGGAAGUUUCAGUAGAAGAGACUCAAAUGCUGUCUCACAAGGAGGAGGCUGGGAGGAAAGAAGUUUUUGCAGCUGUAGUAAAAAGAAAAACAUGGGGUGCUCAGAGCGACAAAGCCAUGGAAGCAGGUACUGAAGAGCCUGUGGAGGAAAAAUAUAGAAACGAACAGAGGAGAACAGGAGAGGAAGAGUCUCCAGCAGAAAAUCUGCUGGUGAAAGAAAUUGUUCCCAGCAAUGCACAACAGCCUGAAGGACAGCCGCCAGUAAACUUCACUUUGCAAAUGAUCAGCCUAGAAUCUUCUCGAACAUCUGACUAAGAAGAAGGGGACUAGGAAUGAAGAGUACUCUGGGGUUUGGCAGUCCCACUGUGUCAUCACUACAGUCCCAAGACAAGGUGGAAACAAUGACUCACCCAACCAAGCAUUCUCUCCAAUUAUUCCACAGCUUCCAUUUCCCCUUUUCCAUUAGUCAUAUUACGACUAUGAUUAUUUAGCAACUUUUCCACAAAUCACUCUAGGCUGGUGCUGGCUGGGGUGUCUUCCCUCCUUUUUCUUUCUUUUCCUUCAUGAGUAGCAUAAACAUCUGCUGCUUUUUUAACCAGAACAGCUCCAGACUAGAGAAAUAAGCCUAUCUAGCCCAUUUCAGAAAUAGCACUCCUUUAUAAUUAUGAAAGUAAUAAUCAUGAGGCCUGUCCAACAGCUGCCACACAUUUCUUUUAAAAAAGCAGAAAAUUAUUAUGUUGCUGGGAACUUCACAAAAAUCAGCCAGUUAACUGUGGUGAUAGUGAGAGCCAUAAUGAGGGCUUUAUGUAGAAUAAUAAAACACCUGAAAAAACA